AUGGCUAUGCCAAUGCUCAAGCGCUGCUCUACGGGAUUCACCCGUGCGGAGCCCACGCCAAUUUCCUCAUCAGCUGUUGACGAGCCGCGCUCUUCAAGAACCCUCUUCAAGCAAGUUUCCUUUUCGAAAGCGUUGCAAUUCACCUUCAUCAAGCAAAUUACAUCCCCUCCCGGCCAAAAGUCACACGAUGACACUGAGCAAAUCACCGACGUAAGUAAUGCAGCCAUUAACGCCGCAGACCUAGAAAAGGACACCACAGCCGCCGAGCGAAAAGCAAGAAAAGCCCACAUGGCAACCAAAUCUCGUGUACAAAGCUUGCGAGACUUUUUCAGCAUUCCCUCGCCAGCGUUCAGCGCACUAGAGGACAUCGAGAAAGAAGAGUAUCAGGCAUGGCAUGCUUACGCUAGGCAAGAAAAAGAAAUGAGACAGCGCUACGAGGAGAUCGCAGCAGACGUCGAAGUGAUGUUACGAGGCUGGCGCGUCGAUCAUUCUCCGCCACACCUCUCUGCGCCCGUUCUCACCCUUGUUACCGAGGAGAGUGCGGUCAACAAGAGCGGAACUUAUCAUAGUGGGGACUGCGAAUUGCCUCCGCUCUCCCAGGACAUCACCUGGAACGCAAUUACGCUUAUUCCUUCGCCAUCAAGUUCAGUUCGCUGCCAGGAUGAUGAAGGAAUUUAUUCAGGUGGCAAUGGCGAUAGCGGCUUAGGGGAUGGAGGCUCAGGCGAUAGCGGUUCAGGAGAUGACAAGUCAGGGAUCGGAAGCCCGGGAGACGGCAGCAGCGGCGAUGGAGGGAGCUAUGGCGAUAGAGGAAAUGGUGGUGAUGGGGAACAACCUGGAACCAAAGGAGUCAAAGGAGUCAAAGGAGGCAAAGGCAAGGGAGAACCGGGAGACGAGCCAUGGCUACCAUUCUAUUGGCCACCGGACCGGCCACCUUCGAGCAUUGGCGACGGUGUGAGAGGAAAUGGCCCGUUCUGGAGUGGCCACACCUACGAUUACGCACACGGCCAUGGAGACCAUGCCCAGGGCCAUCCCUUUGGACACGGCCAUGGCCCGAUCGGUAAACGCUUCGCUCAGUUUGCUCGGUUCAAGAUUGAUGGAAGUCUAUCGGCAUACAUACAAGAGUUGGAUUUGUUUACGACACUCACUUGA